CCAAGUGGAGUGUCUUUGGAAAAGUAUGUUUUUUAUUUCUGAUUUUUAAACAUUCUUGUGAAUCAGCAUUCCCUGUACUUUUCUUAAGUUUGUGUUUUCCGUUGAUCAAAGUCAGCUAUUUCUUCAAACUCUUGGAAGUUGAACAAUUAUUCAAGUAAACGUUGCUUUGAAUAAGUUUUUAAAUUAUUAAAUAUAUGAAUAGGCCUCGGGAGAAAUCCGUGUAACUCUAGUGUCCGUCUCAAGGUUUAGAUAAAAUUAUUCAAGACAUACAGAAUUGGAAAGACCGUUAAAUGUACUCGUGCUUCAAGUUUUAAACCGUGUAUAGUGUUAGAACACCUAAACACUUCAUUUAACUAUCAUAAUGUUGUUAGCCAAAUAUCACCAUACGACUAUGCUACAUAAUUUUGGAACUGGAUAACCGCUUGUCAAUUGGUUUAGUUUAGCUUAUGUAAAUCCCAAAGUGGGUACCUGUAAUUGCAGAAGUAGGUUAUCGGUAAGGACGAAAUGAAUGAUUUUGUUAGCUAGUGCUACCUUAGCUGAAAUGUUAUACAUGUUAUUCCACUCUUUAAUUUCAAGUUUUGCUGCUAGUUUGGUGGGUAUUGUGAACUACUGAUAGCCAGAUCAACCCAUAGCGUCCGUUUAUGCGUUUUUGUAAACUAUGUGGAAAGUAUGACCUUCCUGACCUCCGUCUGCAAAAUCAUAAAUUCAUGAAUAAAAACUGACGUUUUCUUUUCUCAGAUAUUUUAGGCAGCGGUCUUGCUUAGGACUAUGUUUUCUAUGUUUCUCUACAUCUUACUUAGAAACAACCACAGUUCCGGUCAGCCCUCAAUGUCAGAUCUUGCACACGAUCGUGAAGUCAAAAUAAAACGUUAUAAAUCAAAGAAAGCGCUAGAAGAACGCUUGGAAAAGCUUGCAUCGUACGUGGACCAACCUCAUGUUGAUGAAGAAACCAAGCGUGAGUUCAAUUUAACUCUUGUUCAAAGAUGGCUUUGCGUCGCGCAAGAUGAUAUAAUCAGUCUACAAAACGAACUGGACAUUCUCGCGAAAGGCAGUCCCAUAAACGAGAAUAACAUAAAUGUGACCAGAUCAGAACCUUUGCGACCAUUUAUAAUAACUCGGUCAGCUGCACAAGCUGCAGUGUUCGGUGCUGGUUAUCCAAGCCUUCCGACAAUGACUAUUGAGGAGUUUUAUGACCAACAGGUUGCAGCUGGUUUAUUACCUCCUCCAAAACCUAUUCUUCAAAGUGGAUCACGACCAAAUGUGGUGCGAAUUGAUCCAUCAGCAGAAGAACGUGAAGCUGAGGAAAAGAAAAAGGCUAACCAAGAUGAAUUAGAGGAUGCCGAUGAUCCUGAUAUGUUGUCAAAAGCUCGAUCAUUCGAUGAAUUCAAAGAUGAACAUCGUAGAGGUAGCGGAAACAGAAUGAAUAGAGCUUAAAGAUCUCUGCUUACUAUGUAUAGGUUAAACAUUUAUUCAAGUUGUGUAUAAAUGCUAAAUACAGAUACUGAACUAA